AGAGUCCAACCCGGGAGGCAGAGGAUAAAGACGCAGCAGCUCCAGGCGGGAGACACCUGUGGGUGAAGGUGCAGCAGUGGUGGCUGCUGGGUCCCUGGAGAGACCACUCCACCGGGAGCACGCACCUGCACUCAUGCACCUUUCCAGACCCCGACGCGGCCCCUGGAAGGAUCUGGUCCUUGUGGCCAGUCUGCUGGCCUAUGGUAUCAGCCAAGCCUCCAGCCAAAUCUCCAUCAACUCAUUCAUAGGGUUUCAGGGCUAUCCAAGCUUCCUGCAACUCAACAAUGUCCCGGAGGGAGCACGAGAAUACAUCUGGCACCGGGGCACAAAUGACAAUGCAGAGAAUGUGAUUAUUAGCUAUAAACCUCCCUCCAAUUCCUGGCAGCCUGGGCCCCUGUUCAGCGGCCGGGAGAAUGUGACCCACACAGGCACCCUGCAGAUCGAGAACUCUACACUGAGUCACACAGGAAACUACACCGUGCGGGUGGACCUCGGCAGUGGGACCCAGCGUGCAACCGGCUGGCUGGAGAUUCAAGUGUUGGAAGGCGAUCCCGUCCUCUCGGUCAACACCAGCUCGGUGGCAGAGAACAUGGACUCCGUGGUCGCCUUCUGCAGCACCAAUGCCACCAAAAUCGUGUGGUAUGUGAAUUACUUACGGGUGUCCAGCAACGACAAGAUGACAAUUUCCCCAGACGGCAAGACCCUCAUCAUGCACUGGGUCCACCGCAAUGACAUGACAAUCCAGUGUGGGGUACACUCCAGCUUCGGGGAGUUUCUAAAGAGUGAAGUGAUCUUUCUGACUGUGGCCUAUGGACCCGACAGAGUGGCGCUGAGCAGUAAGCCCUCUGAGUUCAGAGGCAUCCUGUCUGCUGAGAUCGGCUCCCAAGUGCAGAUGGACUGUACCUCCACUUCCAAGCCAGCACCCAAGUACCGCUGGAUCCACAAUGGCUCCUUCCUGAGCUCAGAGGCAAAGCUCAGCUUCCCGAGUCUGACCUGGGAGCAGAUGGGCAGGUACAGAUGCAUCGUGGAGAACUCCGUGACCCAGAUGACCAUGUACAAGGACAUCUGGAUCCAGAGGGCCUGGCAAAUGCCUGUUAUUAGAACAGGUUUCUACAUGACAGGACCCUUGGUGGUGUUUUUCAUCGUGAUGACAGUCUUGGGUGGUGUCUACAUCUGCGGCAUCCUGGUCUACAUGCUGAUCAAUCGUUCCUCCACCAGGACAAGCCGUGGUCUGUGAGUAUCCACUUUAUAUCCGGAGGACAGGACCAGAUGGUUAAGGAGCAAAUGUGCUUCCAAGGCCCCCACUUCCCUAACCCGACACCACAGUCCAUCAGAGACGCCUGGGCAGAGACGUCCCAACUCGACACUGCCAGUGGCAGGGAGACAGCACAACCUCUAAAUGCCCAACAGGCGGUAAUUGCUUAUGUGGGCACAGCGCAUGUUCAGCUAAUCUGUCACCUGUUGGGAACUGCACUGGGAAAAAGGUAACUACUGACGCCAAAAAGGCUCACAACUUGAUGAAUUAGAAAUGCUAAUGCAAAGCAGCAUCUGAUAGGACCACGGUUGUUAAAAGCAUGGAUUAAUUUAUUGAUGUAGAUAUAGUAUGUACAGUAUAUGUGUGUGCGCUAACCGUUUUAUGUGUAUACAUAAAAAUGUGUAUAUAGACACCUGUACACAUAUUGUGGAAAAAUGUUAAUUAUUAACAGUGCUCUCUGUUAGCUUCCUUCUUUACACUUUACUGUAUAUUCAAAAAUGUGUUUUUCUCACAGAGUAUAUACAUUGCUUUUAUAAUCAGGGGAAAAAAUCAAUAAAGUUAAAAGAGCGUGAA